AUGUUUCUACAAACAACCAUCUCAUCAUCUCCACCUCUACAACACCUCCACCAGCAUCCUCACUGUCUCCUCCCAUUUGGGUCUCUCAAGUUUAGUCCCCACAAGCUCUCUCUUCAGGCCCUUUUUCAGCACUAUAGUCCGCCAGAUUUGGCAACUUUUAGAGUAGGCCAUGGACUGAAUGUCACAAAGUUUUCUAAUUUCCAGGUAUGUGUUCCAACAAUCCUCUUUGCUUCAACAGUGGCUAUAUUUGAAUUGUCUGAGUUCAGGGUUGUAAUCAAAUAUGAGUCUCUUCAUCAGAAUUUCCCAGAGAAAUUUGCUAUCUUUAUCUCCACAGUUAAUCAACACUUCUGUUUUCUUUUAACACUACUUGGUGAUAAAGCUCACGCUCUUCUUUGGACAAAAUUUUUUAGGACUAAAGUGCAUUGGAGACUGCAAAUUCUUAGCUGGCAAAGUGUGGUUAGAAUUAGAAUAUAUGGUCUUCUUGAGAAGGCACGGCAGAUACAUGGAAAGGAGUUGGCAAUGGGAUCCUAUAGCAUAACAAGAGCCGAGAGUAUUCCCUCUUCUCAAUUUGAUUUUUUAUUUCAGUCUGAUUUUAAAUCCUCAAGGAAUUCUCGGAAUAUUGAGGAUAAUGUGUGCAUGAAAAGAGUGAUAGUUUCAGCGUCUGUGCUCUCAUUUGGACAAAUCUCAUUUUUAACUUCUGCACAAGUGGCAGACGCUGGAGAAAGCAUCAAACCAGAAGCACUUUAUGAGGUUGGGGAGUUAUUUGAAUUGGGAAUCCAGCUCUCUUAUCUGCUUUUACUACUAGCUUUGCUUGGGGUUGGAACUUUCUUUGUGAUUCGUCAAGUCCUAAUGCGCAGAGAGCUCGACCUUUCUGCUAAAGAAUUGCAGGAGCAAGUAAGGAGCGGUGAUGCCACUGCUACUGGACUUUUUGAACUUGGUGCAGUAAUGCUGAGGAGAAAAUUUUACCCUGCUGCUACCAAAUAUUUACUUCAGGCAAUUGAAAAAUGGGAUGGGGAUGAUCAAGAUCUUGCCCAGGUUUACAAUGCCCUUGGUGUUAGUUAUACUCUAAAUGGGAAGCUUGACAAGGGAAUCAAACAGUUUGAAGCUGCUGUGAAGCUUCAACCAGGCUAUGUAACAGCCUGGAACAAUCUCGGUGAUGCCUACGAAAAGAAGAAAGACUUGAAGUCAGCUCUUAAGGCAUUCGAAGAAGUGCUGCUUUUUGAUCCUAACAAUAAGGUGGCAAGGCCCAGAAGAGAUGCUUUGAAGGAUAAGGUACAAAUGUACAAAGGAGUUCCAAUCAAGUCUAAGGAUAGAUAG